AUCCUCUCUCUCUAUUUACCUUCGAAUUGACAUGUCUUCUGCCGGCGGCGGCGUUACCUCCGACGCUCCUCAGCAAUAUUUCUGCUAUCAGUGCAACCGCACUGUCACCUUUACUCCUUCCUCUGAUCUCGUCGUUUGCCCCGAUUGCAACGGUGGCUUCAUCAUGGAAGUGGAAAAUCCAAUUCCAAACAAUCCUCAUUCCUUGUCUUUCACCUACGAGUUUGGCAGCGACGAUCUCCCCACUCUCUUCGGCGGUCGAUCGUCCCCAUUCGGAGAUGCCGACGCCUUUAACCCUUUGGUUUUCCUUCAGAACUACAUUCAAACCCUGAGGGCUGGUGGCGCUAAUGUUCAGUUCGUGAUCGACAACUCGGGGGACCCUAGUGGAACAUUUCGUCUCCCCACCAAUCUCAACCUUGGCGAUUACUUUUUCGGGCCCGGUCUGGAGCAAUUGAUUCAGCACCUUGCGGAGAACGAUCCCAACCGGUACGGGACACCCCCAGCCUCCAAGUCUGCUAUCGAGGGGCUCCCCAACAUCUCGAUUACAGAAGAAUUGUUGGCUUCGGAUUCGUCGCAGUGUGCAGUGUGUAAAGACACAUUCGAGCUCCGGGAAUUGGCCAAGCAGAUGCCGUGUAAACACAUUUAUCAUUCCGAUUGCAUCCUGCCCUGGUUGGAAUUGCACAAUUCUUGUCCCGUGUGUCGUCAUGAGUUACCAACUGAUGAUCCUGACUAUGAGCAAAGGGCUCCAGAGAAUCGGGGCCAAUCUGUAGGUGUAGGUGCCGCUGAUUCGUUUGGAGAGUCACCCAGGGAGCAGAGGUUUAGGGUUCCUUUGCCAUGGCCCUUUAGGCAGUUUUCUUCAGUUGCUGAGACAAGCAAUGUUAGGAAUGCCAAUAACAGCCAAAACAGUGAUGGGGAAUCAAAUUGUAAUUUUGAAUCAGAAACCAGGCAAGAAGACCUCGAUUGAGUAACACUCAAUGUUUCAUAUUUAAAUGCCAUACUCACGAUGAGAUUUCCUCCUUUUUCCGGCAGGUAUGAAGAGUGUUUCAAAUCUGCAGCAUUGUUUAAUAGAAAGAAUGUUAAAAGUCAAUUGUGAUUAGUGACAGUGCAAAUGUCAUAUUUGGUUAUUGUAAACGUAGAUAAUUAUCCAUCGACAUUUUGACUGUUAGAUUCUUUAUGGAUUGAUCAUUUUAUGUACAUUAUUG